AUGAUUCCGCCUUUGGAUGCCGCUUCGCCCUCCCCACAAGCACCAGACAAUACUACCAUGGAGACCAUCGAAGCCCGCAAUGCUCGCUUCGACGAGAUUUCCUGGAAGCUGGCUCGCCGUCGCCUCCAGGUCGACGAGUACUGGAAAGCUCUGGACGAGGAGAUCCCCGAUCCACAAGAGCAGGAGGAAUUCUACACGUAUUCUCUCCAUCUCAGCCUGCCGCAUCUGGCCAAUCCUUCCGGCAAUUUGACACCAGCUCGAUUCGUUGAGAUUGCAGACUCAAUCAACUUCCUCAACGAGGCGGAGCGCAAGGAGCUGCUGCCCGGGCUCGAAUGGGCAGUGCGCCCCUGGAUCCCCCUCGGUUACGACAAGACGACGCUCUACCGCCUGUUUCCGGCCAUUCACAACUUGACGCCGCAGAGCGACAAGUAUCCCCUGACGGACCAUGAAGUCCUCGACACUGCGUUUCUCGGCGUCAACACGACGGUGCAGCCGCGUGAGCCCGUCUCUGCCGCUGAAAUCGGCGCGCCCUCGACCUAUCAUCGGAGCAGUCUAUCCCAGUCGGCAGAGCCAGACGACGCAGAGGCCCCGGGAUUCGUCUUUCACGAGCUUGGCGUGCUGGAGUCUCUGGAAUGCGAAACGGCUGAUGAGAUGCCGACGACGUUUGAGCAAAGCGCCGACUGGGAGGGAGACUGGGAGCCGACUGGCUUCUGCGUGGUGGCUCGGCUUGGCCAUACAGGCCACAUCGACGGGGUCUAUGUCAUCUACAACAUGAACCCUCUGCAGGAAAACAGUCUCGAGCGGAAGCAAGUCACGCACAGGGCUUGGGGCAUCCCGCCCAGUUCGCCUGAACAACAGUUCUCAUGCGCGCGGAUCGGCAACGCCCUGCGAGACUUUGGGUUCGAGUACAAGCUGGCAUGGGACGAGCAGGUGCAUCAUCCAGUCGAGCUUGUUUGGCACAAGGGCGAGGCUAUUCAAGUUCUUGGCUUGGGUAUCCAGCAUUCAAUAUUCUCUAGCUGGUCAAUGUGUAUCUUGAUCACUGCUGUCAUCUCGGGUCGAGACUUAGCCGCCAACGUCGCGGCCUUUGACACCGCCGCCGAUGACGAUGACGACUCGAACGUCUCAAAGCCAGAUCAGGAAAUGUGGAGGACACUCUUUGGCUUUUCGUCAGACGAAGCAGCCAGGGCCAUUCGCAACUGGAGAGCCGACUUUGCUCGUCCGACCAUUUCGCAGGCGGCAUGGCUGCUCGUCAAGGAGGCCAAGAUGGCUGAGGGAUUCAACAAAGAGGCCUACGAGUAUGAACUGUCCAGGACACGAGCCGCUCAAAAAUCGCAGUUGAAAUCGAGAGAAGCAGUUCAAUAUGACGAAGCGAAAUAUCUUGUCAAGCUCGACGAGUGCGACUCUUUGCCAUCCGCAGAGUCAGUUGACCUGAUGCGCUUUCUUCCUGCAAAGCCAAAUAUUCUCCACGGCACAGACGACGACGGGAACAUGACUCGCUUCUGCCUGGUAUCCAGCAGCCAAAAGACAGACUUUAUCAACGCUCUAUCAGCUGCACAUCCCUCCUUCCAGCCAACGUUGAUUCGCACCUCUGUAGCGUCCAAGGAUCUAUCUACAACUUGUUACCCAACACUCGGCAUCGACACUACGCUCCCGCAAUUCCGCCCAGCAAACACCUCCUCGCUCUUAGCCGCUCGACCAGCACAAGACGAGUAUCCCGUCUGGUACUUCUUCUAUGGCACCCUUGCCGAUGCCAACGUCCUCUGUCGUGUCAUCGGCUCAGCCGUGAACACAGCCACCGACAUCAGCUACAAGCGUGCCCGCAUUCAAAGAGGACGACUUACUUUGCUGGGUGAAAAGUAUCUGGCCUUGGUGGAUGCGAAUCAGGAGUCGGUAGUCGACGGCUGGGCGUACCAGGUGAAGAGUCAGGUAGAGGAGGACUCGCUUCGGGUAUAUGAGACGGGCAAGUACGAAGUCGUGAGGUGCACCAUGGGGUUUAUAGGAGCGGAUAUACGACCCGAUUGCGAUCUUGUGGGAUGA